GGUGGGAAUUAUUGCAUUACGCUAAAAAGGUAUAAAUAAUGAUAAAUCAACUAGCUUACUUCAGUAAGCGGAUAAUUGUGAACUGCAAAUAUUGUGAAUAGAGCGAUUUAACUCCAACAAUGAUUUUCGAAUAUAUCAGGAAACCAGAUGGGGAAAAUCUGCUUAGAGCCCGUGAAGCCUACAAAUACGUCGAUGAUAUUAUGGUCUUCUUGGGCUGGGGCUCGACCGAGGGGCGUGGCAAAAUAAAUCGACGAUUAUAUAGACUGUAUACGGUUUUGGUCGUCAUCUUCAGUCUAUAUCUUCCCUUUCUAUUCGCUCAGUCGCUCAUGUUAACCAUAGAUAUAUCCCAUGCCGAUACUCUAUUCACCACGCUCGAGGUGUUCUUCAACGGCCCCGCCUAUACGAUCAAGUCGGCCAUAAUGCUUCGCAAUAGAUGGCGUGUGGACAAGGCCAAGGAUAUGUUGGACGUGAUGAGCGAGCGUUUGGUGACAUACGAAGAGCGAGUGAGAGUUCAUCGAUUGGCCGUCAACUGCAAUUACAUAACACUUCUAUAUCGGUUUGUAUACACUAUACCAACGACACUGAAUCUAGUAUAUAGCGUCUACUAUGGAUAUCCGCCUCUAAAUUUGUAUAAUCCAUUUGUGGACUGGCAUAAGGAUACGCGCAGCCUUUGGAUCGCAGCACUUUACGAAUAUUUCCUACAGAUCUUUGCGGUCCAUGCCUUCAUGGCAUCGGAUUCUAUGCCUCUGAUAUUCGGGCUGACUGUGCGAUCCUAUACACAAUGGCUGACAGAGCGGGUCGAAAGAUUGCGCAAUAAUCCCAAAAGACCUGAGGAUGAGAACUACCAGGAACUUGUUCAAUGCAUCAAGGAUCAUCAGCUUAUUGUGGAGUACAGCGAGAACAUGCGUCCUCUGAUCUCUAUUGCCUUGUUUGUUCAGUAUACCACAGCAUCCUUGGUGAUGGCUUCAUCACUCGUUCAUUUGGUGACUUUUGCGGAUAUGGUCUCGGGCAUUACAACCACCAUUUAUAUGAUCUCCUGUAUGUUUCAAACAUUUCCAAUUUCGUACAUCUGCGAGCAGAUAGUUGAAGACUGUGAACUACUAUCCAUGGCUAUAUUUCAUUCGAAUUGGAUCGGUGCGCCUACCGCCUACACUUCGGCCCUUAAGUAUUUCAUUCACAGGACCCARCAACCAAUCCAAUUUAUAGCCGGCGGCGUAUUCCUCAUAUGCCUGAACGUAAAUAUUCAAGUGGCCAAAUUUGCAUUUUCUUUGACCACAUUUGUUCAACAGAUGAGCGUAUUUGAAAACUUUGAUCGUUAAAUUACCGGAAAACCGUUUAU